ACCCCCGAUCGAUCCCUGGAAAAUGACGGUACUACCAAUGCGGAACGAGGCCGGUGCCAAGUGGACGUUCCGAGGCAACGGCGGGCUCACGACGGCGUCGGCGAUCACGGUACGCGGCGUCCUCAACCACGUGAUGGAGAACCUUGACGAAGAGGAUGGCAGAGCCGUCGUCCCGCUCGGCCAGGGCGACCCCUCGACAUUCCCGUGCUUCCGCACGGCGCUCGUCGCGGAGGAUGCUGUAGUCGAUGCGGUCCGCUCGGCCGAGUUCAACUGUUACGCCCCCACCGUCGGCAUUCUUCCCGCCAGGAGGGCUAUUGCCGAUCAUCUCUCCCGUGACCUCCCUUACAAACUAUCCCCGGACGAUGUCUACCUGACGAUAGGAGGUACGCAAGCCAUCGAAGUCGUAGUGACGGCUCUUGCUCGCCCCGGCGCCAACAUUCUGCUUCCGAGGCCCGGAUACCCGUGCUAUGUCGCACGCGCGGCGCUCUGCGGCCUCGAGGUGAGGUACUUCGACCUCCUCCCUGACAAGGGCUGGGAGGUCGAUCUCGAGCGCAUGGAGGAUCUUGCGGACGCGAACACAGUCGCGAUGGUGAUGAUCAAUCCUGGGAAUCCAUGCGGGACUGUCUUCAGCUACCAGCAUCUGAAGGAGAUCGCCGAAACGGCUAGGAAGCUUGGAAUCAUGGUUAUUGCGGAUGAGGUCUAUGAUCAUUUGGCUUUCCGGGAUACGCCGUUCGUGCCCAUGGGUGUUUUCGCAUCCGUCACUCCCGUCUUGACGGUGGGCUCCCUAUCGAAGAGGUGGAUAGUCCCCGGCUGGCGACUUGGUUGGGUGGCAACGAACGAUCCGAACGGCUUUCUGAAAGAUACCGGGGUUGUCGAGUCCAUUGUAGGAUUUCUGAAUGUAUCCCCCGAUCCCGCAACCUUUGUUCAAGCGGCAAUCCCUCGUAUACUUGAGAGAACGGGCAAGGAAUUCUUCUCAAAAGUUCUUUGCAUGCUAAGAGAGGCGUCGGACAUAUGUUACGACAAGAUCCGAGAGAUGCCUUGCCUCGUGUGCCCGAAGAAGCCCGAGGGGUCCAUGUUUGCUAUGGUCAAGUUGGAUUCAUCGCUGUUGGAGGACAUAGAGGACGACCUGGAUUUUUGCGUCAAGCUGGCUAGGGAAGAAUCCGUCGUCGUCCUGCCUGGGAUAGCUUUGGGAAUGAAGAACUGGCUGCGCAUAACCUUCGCCGUCGAGCCGUCUUCCCUCCAAGACGGCCUCGAGAGGAUGAAAGCUUUCUGCCAAAGGCAUGUCAAGAAAUAACACAUGGAAUCGAUAUGUUCCAUGCCUCGAUGGAGCGGUACUGCAAUCUACCAUCAGUGUCAAGAGAGUAGGAUCCGAAGCUCCAUCGAGAUAUCCAUUGCAACUUCUUUGGGGUUAGUUAGUACUUGGUGUUAGAAUUUUAGGUGCUCGUAGAUUGAGACCACAACAUCUUGUUGUUCGUC